GUAAAAGAAACAAACUUGCUACCAAAGUGCUAAAACGUAAUUACAAACGUUUAUGAAAGUCGCUAAUUGAUAUUUUAUUCGUUACUAGUAGUUUUUUCUCAAACAACGAUUUCAGUUCGUUCGUGUGUGUGUGUGUGUGUGUGUGUGUGAGCGCUGGUCUGAGGAGCGAGGGAGCGAAAAAUGGCGGCGGAAUCAAACAAUCUCGAAGAAAUAUUGAAGCCUUUUUACCAAAGAGCUUCUGAAGCAGAGGACCGCCUGGCAAGACUUGAAGCUUCUCUGGCCAGAAACAAAGAAUCUGGAAAUGACAAACAGCUUAAGUUGGUUGGCGAACUCCAGUCACAGCUCGAAAGUGCAAAGGCCAAGCAGCUUGCUGAAAGCGAAAAGGCUAUGAAGGAGUUGCAGAGGCUUAGUGCAGAAAAUGCGAAGCUAGAAUACCGGAUUAUCCAUCUUGUUCGAGCAUUGAAGGAGGCCGAUUGCAAACUGGCUGCUAAGUAAGAAGAUUAGAAUAUAUCUAUCUACAGAUGAUGAUCUUUUCCUCCCGGAUUUCAAAUCUUAAUGCAGUGAUUUUUUCCUCAUCACUGGACAGUAGAGCUCUCAUCGUGGUUGCUUGAUUCCUAGUCUCAGUCACUCCUGAUCUGCUAGAUUGCAAGUAUUGAGUUUGUCUCUAAACCUCAGCUUUGCAAACUCUCACAACUUAACGUCUCAUAGUGUAAAGUAAUCUAAUUAGAUUGUUCAAACACAUAUUUGAUCGUAAUGUAAUUGCUCUCGUUUCCCUAAAGAGAUGUUUCAUUUGAUCAUGAGCA